GUAAAGGAAAACCAUUUUUAAACAAAAAAUCCAUAGGCGGCCGAUGCCCCACCCUUAUUGGUUGUACAUCCGCCACUGCAGAUAACCAGGUAUGCUAAAAUGUAGUUUUAAAAUGCAUUUUCUUGUAAAUGGAAUAAUAAUGCAAGGUUGCUUGUUUAGGUAAACCUAAGCUUUGAGGUUGAGAAGUUGAGAGCUGAGCUUAGACAUGUUCAAGAAAUGUAUACUGCUGCUCAAACCGAAACCUUUGAUGCUUCUCGAAAGGUUAAGGCUGCUAGUCUCUUAUAUCUUUGCAUUUGAUGCGAAACCUUUUAGUUUGUUUUCUCAAUGCAUCUUGUUAUAACGUUUCAGCUUGCUGAGCUUAACCAACGUCGGUUAGAAGAAACAAUAAAGCUCGAAGAGCUAAAGCUAAAGGAGUAUGAAGCUCGAGAGUUAGCAGAAAAGGAAAAGCAAAACUUCGAAAAAGCGAGGAGAGAUGCAGAGAGCAUGAGAGAAAGAGCGGAAAGAGAAAUUGCGCAGAGAAGAGAAGCUGAGAGAAAAGCCGCUCGUGAUGCUAAAGAGAAAGAGAAGCUUGAAGACACUCUUGGCUCUCCGCGGCUUCAGUAUCAGCACUUCACUUGGGAAGAAAUUGUAGCUGCCACUUCAUCGUUCUCAGAAGAGUUGAAGAUUGGAAUGGGAGCUUAUGGAUCUGUUUACAAGUGUAAUAUGCAUCACACAACCGCAGCUGUCAAAGUUCUGCAUACCGCUGAAAGUGGUCUGUCCAAACAGUUCCAACAGGAGCUUGAAAUCUUGAGCAAGAUUCGGCACCCACACUUGGUACUCCUUCUAGGAGCAUGCCCUGAGCAAGGAGCUUUAGUUUAUGAGUACAUGGAAAACGGUAGCUUGGAGGACAGACUAUUCCAAGCCAACAACAGUCCACCACUCCCGUGGUUUGAGCGGGUUAGGAUCGCAUGGGAAGUAGCUGCAGCUCUUAUCUUCCUCCACAAAUCAAAACCUAAACCGAUCAUUCACUGUGAUCUAAAACCGGCAAACAUCUUACUUGAUCACAACUUUGUAAGCAAAGUCGAAGACGUUGGACUCUCAACGAUGGUUCAAGUCGACCCUCUAUCAACUAAAUUCACUAUUUACAAACAAACAAGCCCUGUCGGAACGUUGAGUUACAUGGAUCCAGAGUAUCAACGCACGGGAAUGAUAUCAUCUAAAUCAGAUGUGUAUUCAUUUGGAAUGAUAGUUCUUCAGCUCCUCACAGCAAAACCACCUAUGGCAUUGACACACUUAGUUGAGAGUGCAAUGGAUAGUAACGAUGAGUUUCUCAAGAUCUUGGAUCAGAAAGCAGGUAACUGGCCAGUUGAAGAAACUAGAGAAUUGACUUCAUUGGCUCUAUGUUGCACAGAGCUGCGUGGGAAAGAUAGGCUUGACUUAAGAGAUCAGAUUCUUCCGGCGCUCGAAAGCCUGAAGAAAGUAGCUGAGAAGGCAAGGAAUUCGAUUUCCAGUGUGCCGACUCAACCUCCGUUUCAUUUCCUCUGCCCCUUACUUAAGGUAGCUCUUAUAUAAACCUUGUUCUUUAUGUCAUUGGUUACUUGCAAGUCAAGUAACUGGUUAGAUGAGAAUACUAAAAUGUGAGAGCUUGUUUAUUCAAUGCAGGACGUAAUGAACGAGCCAUGCGUUGCGGCUGAUGGAUACACAUAUGACCGUCGUGCGAUAGAGGAGUGGUUUGAGGAGCACAACACAUCGCCGAUGACUGAUUCACCGUUACUUAGCAAGAACCUUCUGCCCAACUAUACUCUUUACACAGCCAUCAUGGAGUGGAGGUCUAGACUAAAGUAAAACCAAAACUGUGUAGCGUUUUUUGGGUGUAUAAAAGGCAAGACGUCCCACUGUGUAUUCUUCCUGUUCCGUUCUUUCGAAGCGAACUUUUGUUUUGUGAUUCUAAAGAUAAACCGAACUUAUAAUUAAUUGUCACAGGUUAAAAACCGAAACCACACGCCUUUAUUUAUUUUUGUUAUCUAUAUUUAUUUAUGGCCAUUACAGAGAACAAAGGAUCUUGUCGUCUUCAUUACCCAAAAAGAAACAGUAGCUUUCUGUCUCAGAUUCCUCCUCCAUUGACAACAAAAAAAAAAACAAGACUCCAAAAGCUCUGUACCUACGCUCUCUGUAUUACAUGUUACA